AUGUUAGCACUACCACAGAGACGUCAACACCUCCCACAGACCCACCCUUCCGCUACUCUUCCUUCACCUACAUCACCGCAACAGCUUUCCUUCGACCAGCUGUCGCAACAACUCUCGGCACAACAGCUCUACGACCAGAAACUGCUCAACGACUAUCUCGAGUCACAGCGGACCUUCGCAGACUCUGCCAUCGCCGUCGACGAGGCGUCCAACUCGUUCAUGACGAGCGCCUACGACUUCAACCCGUCCAUCAGAAUCCAGCAGUCGACCCCUACACCGCAGCUACCUGCAGCUUUCCCCCAGUCCUCGAUGCACGCCACCGGCGCAACCAUCAACAACUGGCACGCAUACCAGAACUUGUCUGGCAACGGCCAGUCGCUGCAGACUCCCGCACAAAGUCGGACGGGCAGGACGCAUCAGCGCGCGUCCUCUUCGUCAUCGGUAGGCUCUGCAGGCUCACAGUACCAGCCUGUUGGUCCGACCGCCAGUUACCCGUACGUCGCGCUCUCCGACAAUUUGCCAUCGAGCUCAGCUCUACUCGAGUUUGAGUCAUGGAACAAAGCUGACCAACAUUCAAGAGCCUUCUCGAACGCCUCGAACCAUCUUCCGACACCGACGCACACCCCUACACAAGAUUCCUUCAUGGGAUCCAACAACUUCAACAACUACACACCGACCUCGUCUGGCAUGGACCCCACCAUGGCUGCACACAUGUCCAUGAAGCAGGCACUCAUGGAUCAGCAUGUACCUGAAGAGGAUGUCCCAGGCUUCGUACACUCGGCGCGACAUUCAGUAUCGAGUUACGGCCACGACUCUCCAGCCACACCUCACACGAGCCAUGGCGAUGACAUGGACUUCAAGAUUCCCCCCAACGGUGAGACUCUCCGCAAGGUUGAAUCCUGGCUGUUUAAUCAGUUCAUUGCUUACGAUGACGAACCAGAAUUGCGACCUGUUCCAAAGUUCGAAAGAACAUAUACCGACGUUGCUGCCGACUACUCGUUUGACCCCAGCAGUGUAGCGCAAACACAGUCAAUACCCCCAACCAAGCCAGCGGCAAACACGCUUCUGUCGCCCUGGCGCAGCAGCAACCCCAACGACAUUGUCCAGCGUAGCCUUCAGGCAGCACAGAUGGCGCGAUCCCAGUCUCCUUCGAGUUCGGCAUCGCGUGGUGACUCACCGUUCCGGAGAGGGUCGCCAUACAGGCAACCUACCAAUUCAUUCAACUCUCCUCGCGUCGCCGUCGCAACCGCAGCAGCAGCACGUGAGCAGAAGGUUGAGGCUGAUGCAGCUUACGCAAUGAAGUCGCAAAUGCAGUCAAACGAGGAUGCGGUCAAGACAAUCUCACCAAAGGACGCGUUACUGGACUACCGAGAAGCCGAUGAUGAUUCCAAGGUGCCAUUGUUCCCGGAUGGUGGCGCAAGCGAGUACGACCACCAAUACAACGGUGGCGACCAAUACAGAAACGCCACCCAAUCCACCUUUGACACAACAUCUGGACAGUCUUACCGAAGAGACAGUUGGGCGACACCUCAGUUUUCACCAAACUUCCCAUCGUCUUCGGCUGGCACUUCGCAACCUUCGUCGACUUUUGCAUUUGCAGCCCCCUCGAUACCAACCAACUACAACGAAGUGUCCAACUUUGCGCCCACCUCGCAGUAUCGCACUGCUACCAGCAUGGCAUCUGCACCGGACGCCAAUCCUGAGUUCCCGGCGCAUCUUACGUCCAUGGAGUCAAGCGCCAGCGAGGCGGGCCUCGAACCGGGUAGUCAGUCGAGCGACCGCCUGGUGAAGCCCGCGGAUUCUAGCGCCGACAGUGGGACGUACACAUGCACCUAUCACGGAUGCACGCAGCGCUUCGAAACCCCGCAAAAGCUGCAAAAGCACAAGCGCGAGGGUCAUCGCAGCUCUGCGACGACGAUGGGGUCCAGCAUGACAUCAGCGGCUUUGUUGGAACGCAACUCGCAAGCGGGGCCUCACAAGUGCGAGCGAAUCAACCCCACGACGGGCAAGCCCUGCAACACCAUCUUCUCACGGCCCUACGAUCUCACCAGGCACGAGGACACGAUCCACAACGCGCGCAAGCAAAAGGUCCGAUGCGCACUGUGCGUCGAGGAGAAGACCUUCUCCCGCAAUGACGCAUUGACCCGCCACAUGCGCGUUGUUCACCCUGAAGUCGACUUUCCCGGCAAGCACAGGCGCCGCGGAGGUAACCACGAUUAA